AUGCGAAGGAAGUCAUUACCUCGUUUUUUAUCGAAAAGGGCCCAGGCUGCACGCUUUUUUGUACACAUUCGUGUUCCUUCUCCCCCUUCUUCAGUCGAACCAAAACAACCGCGAAAACGAUCAAAAAACCUCCCAGACGUGAAAUUCGAUCUAUCCCGAACAUAUGAUCAUUCUGUUGCCAUUCAGAUGUGUGCUGAAAUUCCUUCAAAUUCGAUCUGUCUUCAAUCCCUCUCCCUUCCAUUUUCCUCCUCCCUCUUAUCCUACUUCAGCCAAUCCCGUCGUGCGGAUAUCUACUUCUCUUCUUCACCUCGGAUGGCACUCUGUUUCGAAGCGCCCGAAUCUCGUGAACGUGUUGUACUCAACGCCGACUUUCCCAAUCUCUCAUUUAUCCUCUUUGGCCUUUCAUCAACCUCCCUUUCUCUUUACGGUCGUGUGGUAGCUCAGUCCCUUGAAGUCGAUGUUAUCGUUAGGUCCUCCGCAAUUUUUACUACUUCUAACUUCAUCCAGUAUGCGAUUAGUUCUCAACAGUUCGAAAAAAUCUUCAGCUUUAUCACGCUUCAAAUAUGGCCUCAGGAUGGAACCCUGGAUGAGCUAAGACUUCCUUUAUUCUCUGACCUUUCGGAAACUCAAGAAGAAUUCAUUGCUUCUUUGGAUUCUGUCUACACGGCCGUUCAGCACACCCAUCUAGUGGAAUCUUCCUGGUGGAAUGACCCGAAUAUUUGUCAACCAAAGGAAAUUAAAAUUGACCUUCUCCCCUAUCAAGUUGACGCUAUUCGAUGGAUGAUAUUCCGAGAGAAAAAUUGUCUUCCCGUUGUGGAUCCUAAGUGGCUCUCCCCCUACUUCGUACGGAUAAAUGAGGACAAUCUAUUCUUUUCUACCCUAACUGGACAAAAUCCUUUCUUUAAUAGCUUCACAACUGCGGUUCCUGAGGUGCCAUCAGAUUCCUGCCUUGGAGGAAUCCUGGCAGAUGAGAUGGGUCUUGGUAAGACUUUAGAGGUCAUAUCCCUCAUUAUUCACCGUCCUUGUCCAUCCGACAUCACCACGGCCCCGCUCUACGAUCUUAAAUUGGAAGCCGAUCUUGAAGGUGUCUUCGCUUUCGAUGCGGGGACCGUUGUUGAGUUGGAAAUGUACGAAGAUGAAGAAGAUACUGAUGCAACGGUCGCCAUGGUAGAGGAGAGUGUUUUCUGUGUUUGUGGUGGUGUUGGCGAUGGAAAUAGAGAUUUGACGUUGAUUUCUUGCUCCGUUUGCAAUUCGUCCAACCUGCAACAUGAAGAAUGUGUGCAAUUUCGACGAAGGAUUGAUACCUCGGCGGGUGAAAGCCUCUGGUUGAAGUAUAUCUGCCCACUCUGUUGGAAUCAUCUUCGUGUUCAUUCCAAAGCUACAUUGGUCGUUUCUCCGGAUCAUAUUUGGCGUCAGUGGCAAGAUGAACUCCAAAAACACGUCGAUCUUUCUCACUUAAAAGUUCUUAUAUACGAAGGUCUGAACAGCCCUCCAAUUCGACUAUCAACAUCCACUCCAUCACAACAACAAUCAUCCUUUGAAUUGGAUCCAGAUUUCGUCUUUACACCAAACUUCGUUCAACCCGGUGAGCUAGCCUCUGCAGACGUGGUUCUCACUACCUACACCGUUCUCCAACGCGAGCUCGGAUGGGCGUCAGUUUCCGCGGAGCAGAGAGUUGGCGAAGGUCAUCGGCCAACUCUACGAACAGCUCAACGCUACCUUGCCCCACCCAGUCCACUUGCUUGUGUUAUCUGGUGGAGAAUUUGCCUGGAUGAAGCACAAAUGGCAGAAAAUGUGACCUCCAAGAUUGCUCGAAUGUUGUCUGAAGUAGAAGCAGUGCAUCGAUGGUGCGUCACAGGAACGCCAGCUGAAAAAAGCCUUUUUGACUUCUACGGCCUCCUGGCCUAUUUGCGCUUGGAGCCUUUUGCCUGUCGGCACUACUGGAAUGCUUUACUCUACCAACCCUUCGUGCAUGCGCUUCGAUCUUCCUCCUCGUCCACCAACCUUUCAGACACGUUAUUUGUUCGUCUUCUCUCCCGUCUUCUCUGGCGCAACACAAAAUCUCUCGUUGGUUCCCAACUACGUCUACCAACUAUCUACCAGCAAAUCCACUGGGUCGAUUUCACCAGCGUUGAACGGUACAUUCAUGAUCGCACACUCUCUGACUGUGCCGAUGCCCUACAACAAAUGCUAGCAGAAGCGCCAGAUUUCGACCUGGAUGCACCACUGGCUGCACUCCCCGGGAAUCUGCAUUGGCGUCUGGUGGCUAUGGUUACGAGAGCAAGGCAAGCGUGUACUCACGCUAGUUUGGUAGUGAUUCACUCCAGCACUGGAGGUGGAGGAGGAGGUGGUAGAUGUACGGGGUUUAGGGCUUCCUCAGAUCCUACUCUUCAGGUCUCAAAGAACGCGAAGUUUCAGGGUACUGGGUGUGCAAACAUGACUGAGGUUAUUCGAAAAGUGGUUGAUGAGGUGCAUCAAGAAUGCGAGACCAGCUAUCGAACCUGGGUGUUCAACAAGAAUGGUGCUGCAGCGUGUUUCAUACUUCAACAGAAGUACCUCGAAGCCGCCAUGUGUUAUCGCGAAGUCCUACGCACGGCUAUCGGCUUGGAGUCCCGUUAUGGCGUCCUAUCCGACUGGAGUCAGCGCUUACACUCGAUUACAAACCUCCACUGGCUCAUCCAGUGUCACGGCGUGCCAUUGGAGAAGUCUUCGUCAUGCGUGGAAAAGAAGACGAAGAAAAUAGAGGAGGAGGAGGAGGGGGAGAUGGUGGGAACUUCUGUUGAUGGCUGUGAGAAUUCCAACGAACUGCCGACGUGGGGAAAGCUGGAUCCAAGGGUGGAUAGGGACUUGGUGUGGAAGGCAAGGUUACUGAGGAUAGACUACCUUAAGACUCACUCUCGUCUCCUCUCUAAAGCACGUGAAAAGUUGGAUCCAAUUGUUUCUCGGGUGGAAAAACUCCUCGAUCGUCCUCCUGACUUUCCAUCUUCUAUCGAAGGCAGUCUUACCCACCCAUGGUUGACAUGGCUUCACGAGGGCUUAGAAAUUCUUGCUUCUUCUAACAUCCUUGACCAACUACCCCUCAUGGUCGAAUCCAGUCUUCAAGGACGCUGUUCACAAUUUCGGACCACUCUUCUUCACACACGCUCUGGUGCCGGAUUCAAGGCUGUUCUUCUUGUUGAAGUGAAGUCUGCUCUCGAUGCGAGGCAACGGCUUCGAGAGGCUAUGGCCCCACUGGAUCAAACGUGGAACUGUUUUCUCAAAAAUGGCGAAGUUGAUCGCUCCGUUCUGCAAAGGUACUAUAUCUGCUGUUGCACUCGAGACACAACUAACCAGAAUGUCAAAUCCCCCCGAAAACGGACCAAAAAGUCGACUGAAUCCAAAUGUGCUUACUGUCUAGCCAGCGAGGCGCUUCAAGCCUAUCGGCAGGUUUUGAAUCAAGAGAAACCUGCCACGUCAGCAAGAGCUCAAAAACGCGCUAUUUUGGAGGGUCUUCUAGAAGAUUCUGUAGUAGAAGAUGAUACUGCUCUACUUAGUGGUGACUUAACUGCUGUUGGAUUGGUGAACCCUCUUACUGUAGCUCUUCAAACCGUUGCAACGCAGGUGUCACGUCUUCAAGACGAGCGCAACUGGAUCAAAUUGAUGGCCGCAAGACUCGACACACUGAUACAACUUCUUUUCCGAGAACUCCUCUGCCAUGGAAGGGUCCAGAUGCUCACGAAGGAAUGGUGGAAUGUUCACGACGAGACGGAACAAUUCGUAGUGCGACUUCAAGCCACCAGUCCAACCGACAUGGCUUUCAUCAAGCCAGAAGAAGUGGAAUCGCAGCUGCAUCAGCAUUCUGUCGAUGCUCUAGCCAACUGGACGACUCUUCAAGGUCGUCUAAGUCAUUUGGCAUUCUUGCGUAAUGCUCUCCAACAACAUCACACCGCUUCAUCUACUUUGGAGUGUCCAACAUGCCUUCAAGCACAAAGUCCUUCUCGUCCGACUUUCGUAUUGUUGGCAGGAUGUUGGCACAGCCUUUGUCUACCCUGUCACCAACAAAUUCAAGCGCACAGUGUGUCUAGUCAACGCCGUUGUCCACUUUGUCGAAAACCUUUUGAAACAGCUACUUCCAACGCCACGAAACGUCGACCUCUGACCCUUCUUCAUUUCGACGGUGGUGGAAGAAAGCUUCAGUCGAAGCAGGAGGAGGAGGAAGAGGCAAAAAAUGAGAUUCCGAUUAAAGGGGACCACAGUUCGAAGAUCCAAGAAGUUAUUCGAUGCCUGAAGCGUAUUAAGUUGGAAGAUGCCGGUGCGAAAGCUGUUGUAUUUAGCUCGUGGAUCUCUGUGCUAUUGACUAUCGGUCGAGCUCUGGAACAGAACGGAAUCGUUUGCACGAGUCUCUUAAAGCCACGGGAUGGUGGUUUGGCGCAAUUUCGGUCCGCUGAAUCCCGUGUUUGGGUCCUCUUGCUACCGCUUCAGUUGGGAGCCAAUGGACUGAACCUUAUCGAGGCAAAUCACUUAUUACUUGUAGAUCCUGUGCUCAGUCAUGGGCGUGAAGUUCAAGCGAUUGCGAGACUUCAUCGAAUUGGACAAAUGCGGACCUGCACGGUACAUCGAUUCCUAGUGCGAAACAGCAUUGAAACGGCACUGCAUGGAAUAUCUUCAGCAAUGGCGACAGCACAAAGGAAUUCUGCAGACUGCAUUCGACGUGGGACAGGGGAGGAUCGGGCCGAAAUUCUUCAAAUGAGCGUCUCCCAAUUACUUGACAUUCUUAAAACUGACUUCGCCGUUUCAGCAUGA